UAAAAAACUUAGGUCACAUACUUGGGAUAGUCCUGGAUGGUUAUUUAACUCGAUAUUAAUGGGAAUAGGAUUACAUCAUGCACACCAUGUGAAACACUUAAAAAGAUUGGCAAAUGAAAGUGUUGCACUUGAUUCAGGGAUUGGAAUAUUGGAUGCAGCUGGUUUAGCUUUAUUUCCACAAAUAUGGUUUAAGAAGAUUAACCCAUUAAUACAAAUCGAAAUACGUUUAAUAAAGAAAAAUGAUUAUUUUGAGAUAAAGAAUAUAGAACCUAUUAAUGAGGAUACAGUAAAUGGACGAGAUAAAUAA